UGGAGGAGGAUUUCGCAUUGUUCCGGUGUUUUCUCGAAAAAAGGCAAAAUGUUCGGUGGAGGACGUGCACCGAUUUUAGUUUUAAGCCAGAACACGAAGCGCGAAUCCGGCCGAAAAGUUCAGCUGGAGAACAUAAACGCCGGAAAGCAAAUAGCGGACGUUAUUCGGACAUGCCUGGGCCCGCAAGCUAUGUUGAAGAUGCUGAUGGACCCCAUGGGGGGCAUCGUCAUGACCAACGACGGGAACGCCAUUCUUCGAGAGAUUACGGUGCAGCAUCCGGCUGCCAAAAGCAUGAUCGAAAUUGCGAGGACACAGGAUGAGGAAGUGGGGGAUGGAACCACCUCGGUUAUUGUCUUGGCGGGUGAAAUGCUGGCGGCUGGUGAACAGUUUCUCCAUCAGAAUAUGCAUCCGACAGUCAUUAUUAGACAAUAUAAAGAGGCCCUUGAAGACAUGGUGACGUUAUUGGAGGGGCCUUUGAGUGUUCCCAUUGACCGGAAUGAUAAGGCAGCUCUAGCCAAUGUGGUAAAAGGGUGCAUUGGGACCAAGUUUAUAGGGCGUUGGUCAGAUAUAGCAGUCAAUAUUGCUUUAGAUGCAGUUAAUACAGUAUUGAUUGAAGACAAUGGCCGCACUGAAGUUGAUAUUAAGAGAUACGCAAAGGUGGAAAAAAUUCCAGGAGGGUCAGUCGAGGAAUCUCAAAUUUUGAGGGGUGUAAUGGUCAAUAAAGACGUUACACACCCCAAAAUGAAGAGAUAUAUUCAGAAUCCAAGAAUCAUGCUUCUGGACUGUUCUCUCGAAUACAAGAAAGGUGAAUCUCAAACCAACGUGGAAAUAACAGCCGAAACAGAUUUUACCCGCCUUCUUGAACUCGAAGAAGAACACGUCCGCCGCCAGUGUGACGAGAUCAUCGCGCUUAAACCCGACGUGGUAUUCACCGAAAAGGGCGUUUCCGACUUGGCUCAACACUUCCUCUUAAAAGCGGGCAUCAGCGCCGUCCGGCGCCUGCGCAAAUCCGACAAUAACCGCAUAGCGCGCGCUUGUGGCGCCACCAUAGUCAAUCGUACCGAAGAACUCCAGGAAUCGGACAUAGGAACCGGAGCCGGCCUCUUCGAAAUAAAGAAACUAGGAGACGAAUAUUUCUGUUACAUCACAGAGUGUAAAAAUCCAAAAGCGUGUACAAUUCUUCUACGUGGUGCUAGCAAAGACAUACUCAACGAAACCGAGCGCAACUUGCAGGAUGCACUCCAGGUUGCUAGGAACAUCAUGUUGUUACCAAAAUUAGUCCCAGGGGGCGGUGCUAUCGAGAUGGCGGUAGCUCAGAAACUGCUCCAGAAAGCCACACACGGGCCGUACAGAGCUUUGGCGCAUGCGCUUGAGAUCGUGCCGAAGACGCUAGCUCAGAACUGUGGGGCUAACACUAUUAGAACUUUGACAGCUCUAAGGGCCAAGCAUGCCAACCACACCGACCAAAAUACUCCUUGCACGUGGGGUAUAGAUGGAGAGAGUGGAGAACUCGUGGAACAAACUACUAACGGGUUGUGGGAACCACUAGCUGUCAAACUACAAACUUACAAAACUGCGGUGGAAACCGCAAUUUUGCUCUUGCGUAUCGACGAUAUUGUGUCGGGUUCGAAAAAGAAGGGCGACAAAGAGGUGGCAAGACCGGCGGAAAUGCAGAAGGAGGAACAACAACAGCAAGAUUAAUCAAUUAAUUAAUGACGAUUUACUUUAAUUGUAGCUUUGUUUGAGUAUUUAACUUCAUUGUAUUACACGUUUUGCUAAUAAAGAUAUUUACACGA